AGGGAUCGAACCUGCGUCCUCAAGGCUGCGAGUCGGAUUCGUUUCCACUGCGCCAUGAUGGGAACUCCUCUUUUUGGCUUUGGAUGUUGUCUGCCUCCAUCUCCCAGCUUCCUCAAGCAUGCUGGGUAUGCUUCUAGGUCUUUAUCCAGGUUAUUGGUUCCAAAAAACUCCCCCAAACCUAUGGACCAGAUAAGUCCAAGGCCAAGGACGGCGCGUGGCGGCUCGCCUCUCAAGACCUGCUCUCCCAGGUUUUGCUUGUCCCUUCAUCUCCUGGACCCUUGGGUUGUACCCACCUCUUGGCUCUGGUGAGUGAUGCUCCUAUCAAGCUUGUUAACUGUUAUUUCUCGUCAGGUUCUGCCGGCCCUUCCCACCGCGCUGACUCUCAUCAAGGUCUCGGUCGUCCACGUCGUUAGGGCUCAAGUGGGAGUGCUUCAGGAGGGCAAGGAUUUUCACCGCUUUUGUUUACUGAUACGAUUCACCUGGAACAGAGACUGUGUCGUGGCUCAGGAACAGUUUGCUGAACGCAGGAAGGAAGGACGAUAAUUUGGAAAGGGGUCUGCGGUCUAAAAAUGGGCCGCCGGCCGCUUGGGCACCUGAAGGGACAGAAGCGGGCGCAGGAGCCCCAACAAGCCACGGCGGAGCGGGACGGUCCGUCCAGCGGCGGCCUCCGCAUGGCCCCACCGUGAGCGGCUGGACCCAGCGACUGGGAGCCGGAGCGGUCUAGCGGAAUCUCAAGAGCGGCUGGCACAGCUGGGAGCAGCAGCUGCCAUGGAUGAGGAGAAGCUUCCAUCUGCCCUGCCUGGGGAAGACGGUGCCACCUGGGACCCCAGCCUGGAACCCGAGGAGGAGCCUGGGGACCAGAACGGAAUGGCAUCCAGUGAGGACCCGAAUGGUAGCUGCAAGAGCCCAGGGCGUGAGGUGCAGGACCCCCUGGCGGACACUGAGAAGCAUACACAGGGCCUGGGCGCGGCCCGCCAUGGCCUCAGCCUUAGCCUCUCUCUCACCAAUGGCGUAGCCCUGGGGCCAGACUCAAACAUUCUGGAAGAUUCUACGGAGUCCAGGCCCUGGAGGGCUGGCGGGCUGGCCGAGGGGGAAGAUGCCUCCGGGAGCCUCUGUCCAGACGCUGAGGACCCUCAGCUGGGGCUGGAUGGCCCGGGAGAGCCGGAUGUGCGGGACGGCUUCAGCGCCACGUUUGAGAAGAUCGUGGAGUCGGAGCUGCUGCGGGGCACCCAGUACAGCAGCCUGGACUCCCUCGAUGUGCUCAGCCUCACUGACGAGAGCGACAGCUGCGUCAGCUUCGAGGCUCCGCUCACACCCCUCAUCCAGCAGCGGGCCCGGGAUAGCCCCGAGCCAGGGGCUGGCUUGGGCCUGGGGGACAUGGGGUCCGAGGGGGACGUGGGGGCAGCUGGUGGCGACGGGGAGCUGGGCAGCCCCCUGCGGCGCUCCAUCUCCAGCAGCCGCUCUGAGAAUGUCCUGAGCCGCCUGUCUCUCGCGGCCGUGCCCAACGGCUUCCACGAAGACGGCCCUCCGGGCCCAAGCGGGGACGAGGAGGACGAGGAGGAGGAGGAGGAGGAGGACACAGAGCAGCUGCUGACCUCGGCCAGUGACCCCAGCCUGAAGGGUGGCCUGUCAGACUCAGACUCAGAGCUGAGCAGCUCAGAGGGGCUGGAGCCUGGCAGCACAGACCCACUGGUCAAUGGGGGCCAGGGCGUCAGCGAAGCAGCCCGCCGGCUGGCACGCCGCCUCUACCACCUGGAGGGCUUUCAGCGCUGUGACGUCGCCCGGCAGCUGGGCAAGAACAAUGAGUUCAGCAGGCUGGUGGCAGGGGAGUACCUCAGCUUCUUCGACUUCUCCGGCCUGACUCUGGACCGCGCGCUCAGAACCUUCCUGAAGGCCUUCCCACUGAUGGGGGAGACACAGGAGCGCGAGCGAGUCCUCACACACUUCUCCCGCCGCUACUGCCAGUGUAACCCCGAUGACAGCACUUCAGAAGACGGGAUCCACACGCUCACCUGUGCUCUGAUGCUGCUGAACACGGACCUGCAUGGACAUAACAUUGGCAAGAAGAUGUCCUGCCAGCAGUUCAUUGCCAACUUGGACCAGCUGAAUGACGGCCAAGACUUUGCCAAAGACCUGCUGAAGACCCUUUACACCUCCAUCAAGAAUGAAAAGCUGGAAUGGGCCAUUGAUGAAGAGGAGCUGAGGAAAUCACUGUCUGAGCUGGUGGAUGACAAGUUUGGGACAGGCACAAAGAAGGUGACACGGAUCCUGGAUGGUAGCAACCCCUUCCUGGAUGUCCCGCAGGCUCUCAGUGCCACCACCUACAAGCAUGGUGUGCUGACCCGGAAGACUCACGCCGACAUGGAUGGCAAGAGGACGCCCCGUGGGAGGCGUGGCUGGAAGAAAUUCUACGCGGUGCUCAAAGGGACCAUUCUGUACCUGCAGAAGGACGAGUACAGGCCUGACAAAGCGCUGUCCGAGGGCGACCUGAAGAACGCCAUCCGUGUGCACCACGCUCUGGCCACCAGGGCCUCUGACUAUAGCAAGAAGUCCAACGUGCUCAAGCUGAAGACGGCUGACUGGAGGGUCUUCCUCUUUCAGGCGCCGAGCAAGGAAGAAAUGCUGUCCUGGAUCCUCAGGAUCAACCUGGUGGCUGCCGUCUUCUCAGCCCCUGCCUUCCCAGCAGCCGUCAGCUCCAUGAAGAAGUUCUCUCGGCCCCUGCUGCCCUCCUGCACCACUCGCCUCUGCCAGGAGGAGCAGCUGCGUUCUCAUGAGAAUAAGCUGAGGCAGGUGACUGCGGAGCUGGCUGAGCACAGGAGUCACCCGGUCGAGAGGGGCUUCAAGUCCAAGGAGGCGGAGGAGAGCCGGCUGAAGGAGCAUUAUCUCACGUUCGAGAAAAGCCGUUAUGAGACCUAUAUCCACCUCCUGGCCGUGAAAAUCAAAGUGGGUUCAGACGACUUGGAGCGGAUCGAGGCCCGGCUGGCCACCCUGGAAGGGGAAGACCCUUCCCUCCGCAAGACACACUCGAGCCCUGCCCUCAGCCAGGGCCAUGGAACUGUGACUGGCAGCAAAGCCACGAGGGCUACCACUGGGCCUGAUACUUAGCUGGCAUGGAUGGGCAGGCCCCAGAGUCAGGCCAACGCCCCCAGAGGGGUCAGUGAGCACAAUUCCAGCCAGGGGCCACUCGGACCAGCUCCGGGCACUUGUUGGGCCGCCAGAGGGGUGUGGAGAUGGAGGUGCCAUUCACGGUGUUGCUCUUGCGUCCUGGGGCUGCUCCGAGCCUCGGCCCCUCUCCCCAGCCCUCACGCCCCUCUCCAGCACCGAGCCUCACCUGGGAGGCCCGGCGCGUGCAUGCUCUGGACACCGUCUCACUGGAGAAGCGGGCAGGGCGGUCGGCUUCCCGCUCCUCUUCUCACGAGUUCCUCCCUCCAUCUCCCCCUGUUUCCAAGGGCAGGUCUUGCCCCCAGGUCUCCGCUGGGACUCCCAUCCUUUCCCCUGCUCCCUCCCUCCGAGUUGACCAGCAGCAGGUCUGCAGACCACCAGCACUGUCGCCCCUCCCUCCCUCAGCCGCCUCUGGAACCACACCCCGUUCUCCCCCCUCACGUGGCAGCAACCCAGGCCUGUCCCCCAGGGCCAAGCGGUCUCCAUUCGUGUGUGUCCACCUCGCCUCCAUCCGUCGAGGCCACCACUGUUUUCUCUUAUAUGGACGUACUUGCGGAUAUGUAUGAGAAUUCUAUAUAUAAAAGGACCCCCCUUAAAGAUGGGUUUGGAAGUGGUGUCCGUUAGAGGAUGAAAUAAGAGGAAGGAAAAGCCUAUUUCACAACGUACUUGUGAGCGAGGAGGGCUUCUCUCUGGCCCCUGGUGGCCCUGACACUCUGGGAGGGAAGGUAGUGAUAGCGUGACCUCCUCUCACCCCCUUGUUCCCCCUCUUCCGGCUGACCUGUGACUUAAACUGCUCUUACAGUUGAUGCUUUGGAAUAAAUCGUGUGUGUGUGUGUGUGUGUGUGUGCGUGUGUAUGUGUGCACGCGCCACCCCAUCUGUCCCAUAGGCAUCGUGGGGUGUGAGUGGGAUGGGACCGUGGCCCUGUUUAUAUUUUGGUCUUUAUGUUGGUGCUGCCAGGUCUCUGAGCUCCAGAGGUGGCCUCUUGUACAGAUCUACUGCAAUGGGAAUAAAAGACAUUCUGCCUUGCAAACAGCCACUCGUCAACAGGCCCAAAGAUGUUUGGUGGGGGAAGGUUAUGGAACCCAUUGAUUCUCGGUCUCGGGAAAAGGUGGAAUGACAAGUUGUUGAUUGUUUUUUAGGUUGACAUUUCUUCCACUCUUCUAGUGGCUCAGAAACACUAGAGAAGGACAUGUCUGCGAAGAAUAGAGAAAUCUGUCAUGUGAUGAUCACAGCCUAGCAUCCUUUAAACCCUGCGUUCCUCAGACGGAAGAGUGGUGGAGGUGAUGGCACCUUCAGAGCAGCAGAUCCCUUGUAUUCUUUAGAUGUCUGUAGCUGGGCCAGCAACUUGACCUCAGUGGUAACACAUUUAGUUGAUAAGAGAAGCCAGCCUUGCAAGUAAGUUCCCAACAGUUACAAGCCCACUCCUGUUUGAUGCAAGGCACGUGUGAGUCUAUGGGGAGAGGUAGUGAUUUAAAACCAGAUGAUUUCAUUUGGAUCAGCUGAGUGUAUUUUAUAAGGAACCCAUCUGGCCCCUUCCUUGUGCCGAGGGGAGGUAAGUGUUCAUUUCAGUGAAACUGAAGGAGCGAGGUGGCGACAUAAAAAGAAACCUCUCUGUACUUUCUCCACACUGUCUCAAAGGUUCUUUGAUUUUGGGGGUCAGCUUCCCACCCCUCGCCUUGUGAGGGCGGGUGGGUGAAAGCAGAGGCGCAGGCCCAGCCGCUGCAGACAAGUGUGCUUCCCUGAGCGCUAGCUGUGCCUCCCAACGGUAAAAAAAAUUUUUAGUUCACUUUCUUAAUUGUAUAAUUAUUUAUUGUAAAUUAUAUACAUGUACUACUGUACUAAAAUAUUAUGUACAUUAUAAAACAUACACAAAAAUAGAAAUUUAAA